AUGUCUACAUCUGGCGCGGAUCGCAAAACGAAAUGGGACAUUGUCUCUGAAAUACCCAGUCUUCAUGGUAAGGUAGCCAUUGUAACUGGUGCAAAGUCCUUGGAAAAGGCUGAUAAAGCAAUCAAGCAAAUGAAAGAGGAUAAUCCCUCACUUGCUCGUGAUGACUUGCUCCAUCCUCUUGCCCUCGAACUCGGCGACCUUCAGAACAUUAACACCGUAGCGGCGAAGUUCGCAGCUGAAGAGAAGAGAUUGGACAUCUUGGUGAAUAACGCUGCAUUGCUAGCUAGGCCUCUGGACUUGGAUAAGAAUGGGAUUUCGGUGUCCUUUGCAACCAACCACCUCGCCCCUUUUCGUUUGACAACCGCUCUUCUUCCCCUCCUCAAGAAAACGGCAGCGGAGUACUCCGGAGUUCGCAUUGUAAAUGUUGGCUCUGAUGUCCAUCUUAAGCUCCCACCGAGCAUCCAGCUCAACAAUAUUGCCGACUUCAAUCAAUCUUUUGGGUCCACUGAUAGUGCAGAGAGCAAUCUAUUUCGCUACGCGCUAUCCAAAUUGGCAAACCACCUCUUCAGUGCUGAACUCCAGCGACGACUAGAUGCAGAGAAAGUCCCUAUCGUCACCGUUGGACUGCACCCUGGUUAUGUUUUGACCGACGGUGCAAACAGGCAUAUCGACAAGUAUCACUCGGAUAUACGUGAGAGCAUCGUAGUAAGGUCACUUUCGCCACUUGAUGGUGCGUUGACAACCGUAUUUGCUGCGGCCCACCCGGAAGUAUGGGAGAAGAGGGAUUUAUAUGGUGGUGCCUAUGUUGAACCAUACGGACGUAUAGAGCAACCAAGUGAAGACGCGAGGGAUCCUAUUCUGGCGGCGAAUCUGUGGAAGUCCAGCGAAGAAGCUUUGCAGAGAAUUGGCGCUUAAGAGCAGAGAUCAUGGCCCAGCAAUGACAUGGAGCAAAUAAUAGAUU